AUGGCUGACUCGGAUGAUGGAGAGCUCACUUCACUUGAAUCGCUACGGAAGUCCAUCAAACGAGAGGAAGAACGAUUUCGAACCGGAUUAGAAAGUAUUAAACAGAUGCUGCGCGAAGUCGACGAUAUCGAACCAAGUGAAGCCGACGCUUUAAAGAGGCGCUUUGAGGUUUUUGUCAACAACUUUGAGCCGCGCUCGACAAAAAUUAACAUCAAGAAAAAAGCGCAGGCUAAAAAAACCGAGCGGAUACCACAACGGGAUGAGCAAUCGAUACCGUCGACAAGUCGACAGGAUAACUUAAACUCGGAAGUUUUAUCGACAACCGUGUCUUUGAGGAAAUCUGGUAACCCGAUUUUGCAAGCGGAUACAAGUGAAUCGCAAGAAAACUCGUUUGAGCUGUACACUGAUGACGGCAAUAUAUCAUCAACGUCGAUGGUCAUUGAUCAUGAAAUUGACGACGCGAGCGAUAAUGAAUCGACGGAUAUACAUCGACGGAAUGAAUCAAGUCCCGAAGAAGCUGCUGAAGUAUUCGAGCCGCCAAAUUUAUUGACCCUUCUUGGAUUGCCGCCUACGACCGACCAGCCGAUGCUUGAAGAAAGUACGACAGCCAACGAGAAAAAUAUUACAAAGGCGGAUCGAAAGGAGAGAAGCGUUGGAGCGGGUGACACUGAGAAAUCUGCAUCUACUCCCGAACUUCGAGAUAUUUUUGACUGCGAUUCACCGAUAUUUGCAUGCGCAGAUUUGGAACCGGCAAGCAAAGAAAAAACACCAACUAGUGAUAGUCAAUUUGCCGCAAUGGAGGAAGGUGACCUAUCGGAUGGCUCGCUAGUCGGCGACGAGGAUAUACAGCUUUAUGAAGAAAUUCGAAAUGAAAAGAAAGUUCUCCGUAAUAAGGGCAAGAAGAAGACACCCAAGAAGCAGAAGAAAAAUUUGUCGGAUAGUGAAGAUGAGAUUGAUGCACUACUUGCCGGAACGAAUAAACUUCUAAAGCAGCCCAUUCGAAUCAUCAAAAGAAACAAUGAUGAUGAUGAUGACAAGAGCGAGGAAGUUUCCGAAGAGAACGAAGAAGAAAAAACGAAGAAAGCUCUAAUGAUGCAGCGCCCGAUAGUGACGCCUCUACCGCAAAACCGGACAAAGAAGCAAGCGCAAAAGCAUCAAAUGGAGAAGAGAAAAAAAAGAAAUCCGGAGGUGGCAAAGGAAUUUCUACUGAAGAAAAGAAAACUAAUGAGGGACGACGAGGAUGGCGAAGAUUCGAAUUCGACUGGCGACUCGUCUGUUGAAGGAAGCGACGAAGAAUAUUUGCGUUCUAUUGAUGCUGACUUGCGAAAGAAUCGACGUCUCCUUAAAGCAAUGGAGUCGGAUAACGAGGAAGAUGAUGACAAAAAAGAUCGCCCUAAAAAGAAAGCAGCCGCUGGACAGAAGGCAAAGACUAGAAAUAAGAGGAAGCUCAUCUCGGAUAAUGAGUCUGAUGCCAGUGUUGACAGCAUUUUCGAUGACGAAGCCGAAGAAUCAAAUGACGAAAAGGAAGUGGCGCCCAAGAAAAACAAGAAUCAGAAACAGCGAAAAGGGAAACGAAGAAAGGUCAGGGUUGACUCUGAAGAAUCUGAGGAAAAAGCGGAGGGUGAGGAAGCCACGGAAGUCAAAGAAAAGGAAAAGAAAAAUUUGGCGCGCGGUGGAAAGGCACUAUUGACAAAAGAUAAGCUAACGAAGGAAACAAUCAGCGCUGAAAAGGCAGAAAGGGAACGGCGCAAACGACUUGAACAGAAGCAGAAGGAGUUCAAUGGAAUUGAGUUGGCUGAAGAAGAGGACUUGGCUGCUGCACUCACUGGAUCUCAAAAAUCGAUCAAGCUCAAGUCGGUCGUACUUGAUGCCGAUAAAAAUGGAACUCCUUCACAACCGGUUGAAGUGCAUCCAUCCUUGGUUCAAGUUUUAAAGAAGCACCAAGCUGAGGGAAUUUCGUUCAUGUAUGACUCGGCUUUCGAAUCUGUUGAUCGACUCGACGAGGAUGGCAGCGGUGGAAUAUUGGCGCAUUGUAUGGGUUUGGGAAAAACUUUGCAGGUCAUUGCUUUUUUGCACACAAUCAUGAACCAUCCAAAAAUUGGACAAAAGAUUCGCCGUGUUCUGAUUAUUGUGCCGAAAAAUGUCGUUAUCAAUUGGUUCAAAGAGUUCCAAAAAUGGCUUGCAAAUAAUGAUGAAGAAUUGGACACAAUUGAGGUGAUGGAGCUUGAUCAAUUCAAAAGUCACGACGACCGUCACCGUGCACUGCGAAAUUGGCAUCGACGAGAAGAACCUUCGGUAAUGAUUGUUGGCUAUGAUAUGUUCCGAAUUCUCACCACUUCAGAAGAUGAUAAAGGUGGAAAAAGGAAACCGGUUGCCAAGCCCAAGAAGACGAAUAGGAAAUUUGCUAAAUUACAAGAGGACUUCCGCUAUUACUUACAAGAUCCAGGUCCGGAUUUGAUCGUUUGCGAUGAGGCACAUAAGUUAAAAAAUGACGAAUCGGCUCUCAGUAAAACGAUGCGAAAGAUUCGAACGCGACGCCGCAUUUGUCUAACUGGAACGCCACUUCAAAACAACUUGAUUGAAUAUCACUGUAUGGUUAAUUUUGUGAAACCUGGACUCUUGGGAACAAAAGCAGAGUUUGCAAAUCGAUUUGCUAAUCCGAUCAAUAGGGGCCGUACAAAAGAUGCUACGUCGGGUGAGGUUCGUUUUAUGAAACGUCGUUGCCAUGUGCUAUUCGAGCACCUGAAGAAAUGUGUUGACCGAAAGGACUACACCGUUUUGAAAGAGGCAAUCCCACCAAAACAGGAAUAUGUGCUGAACGUGCGAUUAACGGAACGUCAAUGCGACCUCUAUCGGGCCUUUUUGGAGAACGUUGGAGAUACGGACUUCGAGCGACUUCGCCGCUUAUUACCAGACUACCAUGUGUUAUCGAGAAUUUGGACACAUCCUUACCAAUUGCUGGUUCACGAGGCCGAAAUGGAACGUCGAAGAAUCCUUCGCGAUGAGUCAGAGGAAAACGAUCGCUUCGUUGAUGAUCGAUCCGAAGGUGAACUAACGGAGAAUUCGGGAAGUGGAGCGGACAGUGACGUUAUUUGUGAGGAUGAUGAACCGGGGCCAUCAAAUGCAAGACCAACACGUUCAAGUCGUCGUCUAGCGGGAGAAGAAGUAGAAGUGAAUCCUUUGCGGGAUGGCACUCCGCCAGAGUAUUCUGGGUGGUUCUCCAAACUGGAUCUCGUUUCUGAAGAUGACAAAAGAAAAAAAUGCGAAGAGAUUGGUGACAAAUUACUCGUGUUCUCACAGUCACUGGAAUCUUUGGCGCUAAUCAAAAGGAUGUUGAUGCACUUUGAUUCAACGAAAACAUGGUUUACCGAUGGACAUGAAGCACUAAAUGGAAAUGAAAGAUGGGGAUGGCAGGAAGGCUACGAUUAUAUGACGAUCGAUGGCUCCGUUCAAGCAGGGAAACGUGACUCGGUACAAACGGCUUUCAACAAUCCCAGAAACCUGCGAGCAAGAUUGAUGCUCAUCUCAACAAAAAGCGGGUUCACUUGGGACAAACAUGGUCGCUGCAAAUCGAGUUGUGAUCUU